AUGCGACUCCGCGACGCAACGGAGAGGCGCGCCCCUCUGGCCUAUCAAGGCAACGGGUCGUACAUUGAUCUAGGUCUAGAGUCAAACGACGACCCCGGAGAACCGCAGUCUCGCUCGCGCCGUGGCACCAACGUCCGCACCAUGGCACCCCCCAGAGGCAGACGUCCUGAUCGAGUACCUUCGCCGCCCGAUGAAAAACAGCGCGAAAUGCUUCUUCUGCUGCCGGCGCCCUUUCCUACGCUCGAUCCCGGCGAAACGCUCGAAGAUCGUGUUGAAGCCAGUCAACAUUGCAUCGCUAUGCUCAUAUUGCAACGUUUCGGCAAGGACGACGAAGCGCGCGUCGCUAGUUAUAAGGACAUCGACCGGAGAAAUGCUCGGGAGUUACAGAUCUCUGCAACUCAGCUUCCGGAUCUGGGAGGCCCACAAUCUGCCUCAGAUUUGAUACGACACCUGGAAAGGGUGUUGCGGAACCGCUUCGGCAUCGGCGCUCGUACCAUUCAUUUCAGGGACCUUUACUGGUCAUUGCGACAGAAGAUCAUAGAUGAGAUUGUGCAAGAAGCUAUGGUAUGCUUCCCUGGAGGGGGCUUUCUAGCAGUCAAGGCCCUUCUCGGUGUUGAUGACAAGGAGCUGCACGACAUCUUGGACGAGAACGCCGAUAAUACGAUGAAAGAUGACGAGAAACAGGAGCGCAGACGCCUACAGGAAAAAUGUAGAGCGCACCACCUUUCCAGAUACAAACAGGGGAAAGAUGAUUCUGCGAUCCACUUGGCUCUACCUGAGAGCUCUGACCAGAAUGAAGUCAUCGAUCCCGAUUUUCCUCAUCCGGGCGGGCUUCUCGUAGCAUGCAUUUAUCUUCUGGAGAACCAUCUCCCAAUAAGCCUUCUUGGCGAAUGGAAGGAUCUAAUGCUUCCGCAGCUAUUGUCGGAAUCAAUUCGUCCUUUUCCGUGUGCUGUGAGCGGUCGCAACCCUUCGGGGUCGGAGCUGAAGGAUAGGAUCGAGGCUCGAGAUACCCCCAAAGAUCAGCAAUGCAAUCCGCCCUUGAGACCUUCCCCAACAGUCCGAACAUCGAAAGAGGAAUGUUCACUUUUGGAUCGUCAGGUCGCGAGCGGUGCCCCAGUGGAAGAUGUCGAAAUCGUUGGAGAACGUCUGGUCAAUCCGGGCAGUAAGCGUGCCGGUGAAGGCCAAGAUCAUGCUGCGGACACUCCACAUAUUCUUCCCUCAUUCCAGAAGAAUGCUACACAUGUUGAACCGCGUACCAAGAAUGAGGAACAUCGGCUCGUGGGCGGCCUGAAGUCAGCUGCGUCUGGCGAUACAUUGAACCAGAUUGGGGAAUCAGCUUCUCGAACCCCUCCUUCUUUCAGACGCUCUUCUACUGGAAAUCAAGCCCUCAAUUCAUCUCGAAAGGAAAGAACGCUCCCCCAGGCGUCCCUAAUACACCCCCAUAUGGCGACGACGGAAGAUGCGCCCCGCGACGGCCAGUUGGGUUUCCCAAGCCGUAGUUCCUUUAGAUCACACCCUCAACAACAGGCACGGGACGAGCCGGCACUGGACUCCAAUAGUCCAAAAUCUGGGCCGAAAGUCAAAUGUGUCACGACUCCAACGGUCCCUGGGAGCAUACCCACUCCCUCGCUUUCUCCGUAUAAUACAGCCAAGAUCCCUGAAAAGCCGAUGUGUAGUGCAGCUUCGAUGCCGUCCGUUCGUACCCCGGAGGCUCGCGCCAAUUAUAGGCAGAUGGUGACGGAACACCACCGCUCGGCUUUGCAACAAGCGCAGACGAGGAGCUCUCAUCAGGAACAAGGCCACGCUACCUCAGGAUCAGAAAAUGGGAUAAAUGCAAUGGAAUGCACUCCAGCGUCGAACAGGUCCCCUGCAGAGCCUGGAAAGGCAUGCCCGCCAGGUGUCUCGCUUCUUCCGAACCAAGGAAACCAGUCCGUGACCCGUGCGAUGCCGCAUGCGAACAUUGCGAGUUACGAUCGGAAGCGUUCACCAGUACAAGUCGCUAAAGCGGAUCCUCAGCGAUUGAGAGCCGUGCGGAGAGCCGCUAACCCGACAACAUCAGAUCAAUCGGUUUCCGUCCAAGCAAUAUCAGCUUACCAAGGUUCCUCGCUGUCGGCUAUGAAUGAACCAGUUCCCCUUCAAGGAACUGCGUUUCCGGCCAGUCGAAAAUACUCACCCGCAAAUUCUGCUGGCGACUUUUAUCAGCCACGACCCUCUACUAUACCCUCUCCGCAGCGAAAGGUGCAGCAUCCGGCUGGCGGUUGGCAAACCUCGUCGAAUCGGCCCAUAGAAUAUCCCUCGCGCGGUCCCGGCGUCAGCUGCGUAAGUUGCCCUGCCGACGCCGCUCACGGAGCCUUGAUGCAUUUCUCAUCUCAAGGCCACUUCAAUGGACCUGGAGCGGGAAAUGGCCUCUCAUCGACUGUUCAUGCGAAUUUGGUAGACUCUGGUCCACCUCCUCAUUCCAAUGGGGCGUCCAACCACAACUACCCUGAUCCCCAGGCUCACUUGUUCCAAGAGGGGCCGAGGCCGGUGCACUCACUUCCAGAUCAUGGUUCUCCGCCUGCUCACUUGAAAAGCAGCGGCCAGUACUAUGGCCAUGCUCCCUCACCGCAAGCGCCGGCAGCGACUCCUUCUUAUGCGCCGAGUCACAUACUAUAUACUGGAAAUCUACACGGUGGAAACGUGAUGAACAUGGCAACAUUUCCAAACUGGAUCUCUCACCAUGCUCGACCAACCAUGGCACCUGUGGGAGGAGGGAAACCUCAUACGAACUGGUCUACAGCUCUUCAAGACCAGCACGGCUAUGAUAUGUAUCCAGCAUUUCCGAGAUAUACUUGCAAUCGUCCAUAUCCACAACCGCAGGAGGCCGUGGACGAGAGCAUGAUGGACCCGAGGCUCCUGGAUAAGAACCAACUCCGAGGGCACGAGAGCGGCAACAAGCUAGAUGUUGCUCCGACACCCACCACUAACUCGCCCGUUCCUCACAGGGAGGUUUCAGCAGGUAGUCCUGCUGAGUUGAACAGAGUGGUAGGCGGGUGUGAUGGCAGGCAGGGCAAACGUGAAGCGCAAAAGGUUGCUGCUGGCGUGCGGGCUGGUGGACGAGCCACCAGGAGACGGAAAAUAGUGCAGUAG